UGAUCAGAUUGUCCCAUAGGCUAUUCUUAGCCUCGUGGACGUUAAAAUUCUUUCUUCUUCUUCUAUAUAUCUGAUAAAAGUUUUAUUUUCUAUUUUGUUUGAAGCUUUCAGUUUGAACUAUCGAUUGUGCUCUCGUUUCGUUGCUACUCGGACAAUAUUAAAUGGCACUGCAGACUACUGAGAAUCCCAGUAAAACGGCAAUAUUUUGUUAGCAGACGCGGCGAGAUUGAAAACUCAACACCUCAAACAAUGUUGACUGCUGAGCCCCUGCUCUUCAACAGUCACUGCACACGCAAUUGCUAUCACAAUCUCUUGCUUCCCAUGUCUCAUAAUUUUUCGCCUUCUAGAACUUUAUUCAGCAUCUAUAGCAACUCGGUUUCUAAUUCUUCUGUUAAUAAACUACGCGCUUCUCAUGCUACUUGUGGAGUCAGAGAAGAAAAUCAUGCAUUUCAGUGGAAGCUGUUAAGUGCUGCUGACAUAAUCUAUAGGGCAGUUGAUGUUGUUGGCUGGACUGUUCUAUUUGAGAUUAAGGGAGGUGCAGAGGGAAAAGUAUCCGAAUUAAUCCAAGUUCCUGGACCGGUAUCAGUUUCAAAUCAUGCUGAUAUCACUCUUACAUGGUUGAAGGUCAUUGAAUCUCCUACAAGAUGUAGAGACGAUCUUGGUGAACAGAUGGAAGCAAAUGUUUUGGAAGGAAAAUUUUCAUCUUGUAAAUAUACAUUAAUAUCAAAUCAACAUAAAAAUGGCGGUUUUGAUGGAACUCCUCUUGUUACGGAAAUUUUGAUUCCUGUGGUGGAUGAAUUUUUCAAGAAAAUUGAUAUGCAAAGCAGAACAUUGACAAUACUUCCUCCUAAGGGGCUGUUGGAACUUGCAAGAAGACCCCAUGCCAUCAAUAGACUUCGUCCUAAAAUUCUUGAGUUUUGCAAGCAACAUCCACCAGAGAAGGUUCGGAAGAGAUUAAAGCUGAGAAGAAUUGAGAAUUUGGAAUAUAUGCCUACUCAGAGUCAAUUGCAACAGGCUGGAAUGCACCGGCUGAUUAAGGAAAUUAAUGCUGCUGGAGGGAUUAUAUAUGUUGCUGAAGCACUGAAUAUGCAUGCGGGUCGCCGUCCAGCUGGUUAUUGGGAAAAUUUGAUGAGAGUUGACAUGGAGAUAGAGUGCUUUAUUUGGGAAUGCUGGACAAAAAAGUUUGAUAUACAGACAGAAAAAUAUUAUUACUGGAACCCAGUUACAGAUGUUGUCUCCCAGAAGAAGCCACCCUAUCCAGACACAUCUGACCUUGCAAAGACAAAGGGAACGGUGAUGCCACAACAGAGUGUUGUUAUAGCAGCAAAACGAUGGGAUCUUCAUUAUGCUAUAAUCUCUAAUGGGGGUUAUAAAGCUGUUGCACAUGCAUUGGAGCGUUGCACAGUUUUUGUUUAUGGUCGAAAAACAAGUAAACAUAAUUUGCCUAAAAAGAUAUACAGAUAUUCAGGAGAUGCCAAGGGAGUCAAAUCAGGGACACUUCCAACUGAACAAACUGACUUGAUGACGCUGAGCCAAGUGAAACUAACAAUUAAAAAACUUAUGAAGUCUAGGGACAUAUCUGACAUGCCAACAUACAAAGAUUUACAAGCAUUUGAUCAAAAUCUAUAUGCUUCAGUAAAGACACAUGGAGGACGAGUCAAGGUUGCAAAAUUUAUGGGUGUCAAAUUGACAAAAAGCGAGCGUGGGCGGUGGUCUAGUCUAUCUGUUGCUGGAGCAGCACUUCGCUCAUACAUAUGCAGUAAAAUUGCUGAAGAAAUGAGCUUGGAAGCUGGUUACAAUGAGGAUGAUAUUUGGGAGGAAGCAGCUAUAGAUGGAUAUCUAAGGCUCCCUACAUAUCCACAAGUUUUAAAGGAUGGCAGGCCAGAUCUUCACUAUGUCUUACAAUUUGGACGAUCUCUUCUAGCAGAGCAUUUAAAAAUACCUCAACGAAUUAUGUUGACAAUUUCUAAUGAUGCUUCUUAGUGACAUGUUAUAUUCUCAAGAUGCCAAAGAGCAUUUGUAAAAGUUACACAAACAUUUCACGGGUUUUGUACAUACCUUUUUUCAAACAACAUUUUUGCAUUGCACACU